UGAGUUUAUGCAUAGAAUAACUCUCGUCAAUGCCAUCUUUUCAACUUUUCUAAUCAUGAGCUCUACAGUAAGUUAAUCGUUAUUUUCUAUUUGUCACGAUUCUGUAACAUUUUAUCACGUGAUGUUUGUCGCUUUUUUCGUGACUUCUACCUUACCUAACGACGGAGACCUCGGCGAGUUCCCAGUACUGAACCCAAUAGUGUCAGUCCUCUCUACACCCAGGAUUCCCUCUGAAUUGAAGGGAAAGGGUAUUGACCCGGCUGAAAUUCCCCACAAUAGGGGUAAUGUUGAUGAACCUAAUGACUGGUUCAAUCAGUGGUCUGACCUGGACGAUCACGUAGCUAAGUUGAGCAAACCUGGUCCAGGAGAAUCGGAAGAUUCCCUCCAAGAUCUCUGGGAUGAUAACAACCAGCGUGAAUCAAUCCAGGUACAAAACCUAGCCUUGCGAUGGUUCCGCAAGGCAGCUAAAGAGGACAUCAAAGAGCACCUGUCUCGAAUUGACAUGCUCCAGGAACAAGUCCGUGGACUAGAAAAACUCGUGAUCCAAAAUCAAUUACGAGAAGACGAAGCCUGUCGACAAGUGACGGACACUCACCAUGCCCCAACUGCAAGGGCACCACAGACUACUGAUCCUCCUAGACCUAUUAAGCCUGAGAAGGUUAAAUCCUCGGCGAAGGACAGAGGAAACCCUCCAAGAGUGAAAUCUGUGGAGAGCUCCUGA